CUACGGAUGUUUCGAGCAAAGUUGAGAUGAACAUCACACGCGUACCCUUAUACGUCCCUGAGUUAGAGGAGCUUAAAGCUGUUCUAGAGGAGGAGCUGGCUAAAAACUUUGCUGAAGUUUCAGUUGAGGUCGUUGACUGUCCAGACUUGACGAAACCACCCUUUACUUUGGGAGCUUCUGGGCUUGGAGGAAAUCCAGAAAUACUAGACAUCGGAGGACCAUCUGUGUCUGUAGAUGGUGCUUCCGAAUCGUAUACUCUAAAUGAUAUUGUGUCUCGUAGCAGUGGUCGCACGGAAGGAUUUAUGAUUGGAGCUGCUCAGGGACCUGAAGAUUAUUAUCUUGGAUUAUGCGAAAUUGUUAUGAACGUUGUUUUAAAUUCUCCUGCGUCCUACCCAGGAUCGUUUGCUGCGCUUUCAAAUGCUGACAAUGACGACUAUUAUAUGGAAAGAUUACCCGGAAACGACACGGGAAUAACUUAUGUAGGAAAUGUGCUUCUUAGUGAAGGCGAGCCCGUAAAAGUUGUACAAGUUCAUGUAAAAAAACGCAUCGGCAAUAUAUCGGCUUUUCCAGAUAACAUACAGCAGAUUCUAGCGGAACAAUACGAAGGCAAAGUUGUUGGAGCUGCUGUUUACAUCUUACCACUUUCACGGCUAUUCGCAUCUUAAAUCUUGCGGACAUUAUCAUUAUGAUGUUACACCUGAUGAAAUCGAAUAUUUAGGCUUCUUCACUCCAGCAAAAGUGAUCACGAGAGUUUAUAAUCUAAAUUAAGAUUCCUCUUUAGUUUCUAGGCGUUCGGAAGGCGUGGAUGUUUAUUAUUAAUCACACUACAAUAUACUACUGGAAUUACUGGCACGGAGGCCUAAUGGUCUACAUGCUUGUCCCUAAACUUCAGGGCUGGAAGGACGAGAGUUCGAGUCUUGGUAGAUCCGUAUACUGGCUUUGCAAGAAGUAGGGUUUUAAUGGAAGCUUGAGUGAUUUUACAGUCACUGCCUAAAAAUUGCAGAGCCAGUUAUGAUUCGCUCCGGCGCCAGGUCGAACUUAAGUCCGCUGUACUAUAAACGGGUUUUACUGCGAUUUUCCUUGUUUUCUACACAAUUUUGUAGGUGAAUACUGGUACAGAUAUUUUGAAAGAUGGGCGCAGCCGCCAGGGUAAAAACUAGUUUUAGAAAUUAUUUGAAAUUAACAGAAACUGCAUAGAAACUCGGAAAAAUGCACUAGUGACGCAGAACAUGUGAAUGUCAAUCACAAGUUAAAUAUGGUUAGAGUUAUUGUAUUUCAUACAUAAUAUUACAAUUGUUUAAAUGCUGUACAACUUGAUAAUAUAUUCUACUUUCCACAUAACUAAUUUUGUUGAAUAGUUUAAAGAAUAAAAUAUUUCA